GACUCUGUCAGCGUGAUGAUGGCGCUCACCAUGUCUCGUCACUUCCCCGGUCUCCGAUUGCGGAUCAUGCUGCUGGAGCCUGAAGGUGCGAAGAACGCAGCUUUGCUCAGCAUUGCUUUUCCGCGAUGCUUCUCCGCUCACGAGAUGAAGAGCGCGAUAUUUGCCAAGAACACGCACAUCGUCGGCCUGGUGACGUUUCUCAGCGGGCUGAUGCAGUCGCGUGUGGACCACUACUCCACCGACCAGCUCGAGAAGCUGAGUCGGGCGGACGCCAAGAGACAUUGGAGGUUGGAGUACGCGCAGAGCAUGAAGAGGAGCCUCAUCGGGUUUGUGAUCUCCCCGUACCUGGCGAACAUGACCUUUCCCGCGGUGGCACGGAAAGUCUACGAGGACUCCCGUGGCGGCGUGUUGCUCAUUGCAGUCGCCCAGGAUGGACAGCUGAUUCUGAACUACGACGACGUCAUCCAGGUGGACCAGGUGGUCGUCGCUAUCGUGCUAUCCUCAGCCGUCCAUCCAGGGCUCCUAACUCAAAACCGUCGCCGACGCAAAAUCGACUGA